CACUGAAGUACUGAACAAGUGGAGGGGGUGAAAAACAAGCGAGGAGGACAGGAGGUGGAGUCGUGUUCACAGGGAGGAAAACCCAGCAAAAGCAGGAAAAAAAAGAGAAAAACCACCAGACACAACAACUUCGGGGGGAGGAAGGUGGAUUAACUGUGCCAACUGAGGCAAUUCAAAUUAAUAGAAGCAACGCUGUGAAGAAGGGAGGACAACAAGAUGAUAACGCCCUAUUUCCUGGAAAAUUUCUGGGGCGAUAAAAACAAUGGAUUUGAUGUACUGUACCACAACAUGAAACAUGGCCAGAUAUCCAGCAAGGAGCUAUCAGACUUCAUCAGAGAAAGAGCCACCAUAGAGGAGGUGUAUUCAAGAUCAAUGACCAAACUGGCCAAGACAGCCAGCAACUGCUCUCAGCUAGGGACGUUUGCGCCGGUGUGGGAUGUGUUUAAACAGUCCACCGAAAAACUGGCAGCAUGUCACAUGGAGCUGGUCCGCAAACUUCAAGAGCUCAUCAAGGAAGUCCAGAAAUAUGUGGAGGAACAGGCCAAAAAUCAUAAGAAGACAAAGGAGGAGGUGGCGUCCACGCUGGAGGCUGUGCAGAACAUCCAGAGUGUGUCACAGGCCUUACAGAAGAGCAAAGAGAACUACAUCAACAAGACUCUAGAGCAAGAACGCAUGCGCAAAGAGGGGGCCACACAGAGAGAUCUGGACAAGGCUGGACUGAAGGUCAAGAAAGCCACAGAGACCUACAAGUCAUAUGUGGAGAAAUAUGCCAAUGCAAAGACAGAAUUUGAGCAAAGAAUGACAGAAACCGCACAGAAAUUCCAGGGCAUUGAAGAGGAACAUGUACUGCGUAUGCAAGAGAUUAUCCAUUCAUACUGUCAGUCUGUGGAAGAGACACACAUACAGAUAGGAGAGGUCCAAGAAGAGUUUGUGAAAAACAUGGAGAACACUUCUGUUGAGAGCCUCAUACAGAAACUGGCAGAAAGCAAAGGAACUGGCAAAGAGAGACCAGGGCCCAUUGAAUUUGAGGAAUGUAAUGUCUCAAUAGCCACAGAAGGUGCAAAACCCAGAAAAAGGAAAACUUUUGCCAUACCAGGCCGACGGAAAGAUAAAGACACAGAUUCCACUGAAUCGGCUGAAGUAGAAGCAGUUAACGCUUCCAACGGAGCUCCCCCGGGUUUCUACGGUGCUAUAGAUCUUCAUAACGCCAAUGUGCCUCAGCUGGACGAAGAGGGCUUCUGUAUCCGACCAGAAGUCAACGAGAAUGAUGCCAAAGAGAACUCCUUUUAUUCAUCCAGUGACUCAGAAGAUGAGGACGAGCCAAGAAAAUUCCACGUCCAGAUCAAACCCGUGCAGACAAACAAUGGCACACACCAGCACAAAGCCACCAUCGACGAGCUGAAGGCCUCCAUUGGAAACAUCACGCUCUCACCCACCCCUGCCGUUCAUAUGAAGAAGAACCAAUCCAGAAUGACACGACAACAAACAUUCCCUGCUAUAAAACCAAAGUCAGGUGAUGAACUGACACGACCCAAGAUACCGCAGACAUCCUUUAAUGAUAGAUUAGCCAGUAAUGACCUGCUGUCUUUGGAUCCAUUUGUCCCAACCAGCUCCAGCUCCUCUAUACCCCACUUAUCAGAAGUGGAUUUACAGUCGGAGCCCACCUCUCCUUCAGCAGUCAGUCUUGAGAUUACCGAGGCUCCUGCUUUCUCCCUUCCCUCUAAACUCCCUCCUCCUGCCGGUCUUGCCAAGCCGUGCACUCCGCCGUUCCCUGUUCUCUCCUCUCCUCCCUCCACCUCUCCUCGGAAGCUCCCUGACGAGGCUGUUGCUCCCCUCGCCCCUGGCCCAGCUCGAGCUAUGAGUGUGCCUCCAGCCCUGCAGGCUGCUCCUAAGGACUAUGCUACCCACAAGCCCCCUCUCAGUGCUCCCGUCACUGGUCCAGAUGCACUUUCGUCCUGGGCCCAGGGCCAGUGGAUUGCCUUUAAUGAUGCCUUUGUGCCAUGUCGUGGACUGUCCCAUCAACCAGCAAGGCCUCGGUCAGUGCCUGUUUCUCACCAGCCCAAGCUUUUCUCCAGAGAGCCUGUUGACCCAUUUGGCAGCUUUGGGAGAGAGGGGAGUGCCCCCUCUCUAAAGGAAGCACCAGCUCGACCCAUGCAGGAUGUACCACCUCCAAACAGGCCAACCACUCCCCUGGGCACAGCAACCAUUGUCCCGCCUCCAAGACCAUUAUCCCGGCCCAAACUGCCUGCAGGCAAACUGACGGGCAUCAAUGAGGCUGUCCGACCGUUCAGCCCUCCUAAGAUGUCCAACUCCAGCCCCCCUCCUGCUGCUCCUCUGGCUCGUGCCGAGAGCUCCUCCUCUCUCAGCUCCAACACCUCCUUGAGUGCCAGCAACACACCAACUGUUGAGGAUGAUCUGUUCGUGGGGAAACUGCCCACAUUUGAGAAGAGAUGUGAGACUCCUGCAGGGACCUCUCGUGGGCCCAGUCCAGUGACACUGGCUUCCCAGGAUGCAUUGCCCAUUGCAGUAGCAUUCACAGAAUCAGUUAAUGCCUAUUUCAAAGGAGCAGAUCCCAGCAAGUGCAUUGUGAAGAUCACAGGAGACAUGACCCUGUCCUUUCCCAGCGGCAUCAUCAAGAUUUUCACCUCUACUCCAUCUCCUGCUGUACUCAGCUUCAAACUCUCAAACACUAGCAGAUUAGAGCAAAUCAUGCCCAACCAGCAACUACUGCACAGUGAUUCCUCCCAGAGCGACACAAACACUAAAGACUUUUGGCUGAACAUGCCUGCACUGACAGCGUACCUCAGGAAGAUCUCUGAGCAGAACCCUGCUGCAUCCUAUUACAACGUGGACAUCUUAAAGUACCAGGUAUGUUCAAAUGGGAUUCAGUCAAGUCCUCUGAACCUUGUGGUGUACUGGAAAUGCACCUCUAGUACUACAGACCUGCGAGUGGACUACCGAUACAACCCAGAGUCCAUGCAGUCCCCCGCAGCUCUCACCAAUGUACAGGUGUUAGUGCCCGUCAGUGGUGGCGUCACAAACAUGCAGUCACUUCCCAAUGCCAUCUGGAAUGCAGAACAGAAUAAGUCAUUAUGGAAAUUGAGUGAUAUCUCUGACAAGUCUGAAAAUGAAGGCUCUGGUUCUUUGAGAGCAAAGUUUGAGCUGUCUGAUGGUCCAUCCGUCCCUGCCACCCUGGCUGUUCAGUUCUUCAGUGAAGGCAGCACUCUGUCUGGUGUAGAUAUGGAACUGGUCGGCUCUGGUUACCGUCUCUCGCUCAGUAAGAAGAGAUUUGCCACUGGCCGCUAUAUGGCUGACUGCUGAGAUCUGAGCAGAGGCCUGUCCGCUCUCAAAUGCAGAGAAAAUCUGGAGGUUAAUCUCUGUUCAUUCAUUAAUUCUGUCACUGGUUCGCAAUGAUAUUUAUGGAGGAUCGUUAGGGGGGAUGGAAAAAGAGAGCUGUCUGGGUGAAGGCCUCUCAUGCUUCUGUUUCCUCUCCACGCUCUGAACGAUCCAGUUCCAGUGAAGCACCUUCUGGAGAUUCAAGAUUAUUAUACUAUAUUAACGUAGCACUGAAUAUCAAACACUGUGUACAAAGAAAAAUAAAAAAAAGAAAAGAAAAGAAAAAAUUAGGAAUGUCAGGAUAUUGGCGAAUUAAAUCAUUAAUCUUUGAUACUUUACGAUCAAUUCAGACUUUUAUAAAGUCAGAACGGUAGUGUUUGUUAUUUUGAUAUGUAUAGUUAACAAUUUGUAAUAUUAAUUAAAAGUGUAUAAUACAACUUAUCUAGGCAAAAAAGGACAAAAAAAACUGCACUAACAAUCUUUCUGGAUAUUUGUUGAGCAUUCAUUUCUCCAUUUGUAUUCACCCUAAUGUCAGUAACAAUGACAAUGAGGAGAACAAAAGGUGGAAAAAAACAAGGAAAAAAGGAGAGCCAGAGAAAAGCCUCAGCAAUAGAUUACUUCAUUCUCACAAGAAAGCCUUACUUCUCGUCCGUGGUCUUUUCCAUAAGCGAGCAUUGCACAUCCAUCUGAUAGAUUUAGACCCCCCCAAAUUUGUUUGUUUUUUUUUUUGUUGUUGCUGUUUUCAGUUUCAUUUUUUUUUUUUCAUUUUCAUUUUUCCUUAUAAAUGUGCAAUGAAGGUAUAAGCUUUCAAAAUUACAUUUAUGGAUUGUUUUUGAAGUUUAGUGCCAUUUUCACUUUAACAUUGUCAAGAGAACCUACUGGUUAAUUGUGUGUCUUCCUUAACAGCAAAAGGAAACUUAACGCUGACUUCAGUGCCUCUUUUUUUGUAACUUAAAAUAAUUAUACAGGACAAUUUGCAUGUUGAAGUCUAAAAGACCCAUGUUUUCCCCUUUUUUACAUUAUGACCUUUCCUCUUCCUAAAUUUUUGAAGUGCCAGUUCGGUUCUUGAUGUUUCCUGAUGGGAUACUGAAGGGAAAACACUGCCUAAACUUUAGCCUUUGUCCUUCAAACCCCUUUAGAGUGCUUUACCUCUGCUUUACCGUUCACUGCAAAGGAAUGUGCUGUUCCCGUUUUAGACGUCACCCAGGUGUUUUCUGUAAUGCCUUAUAGAUGUGUGCAGAAAUGAUACCAAAAUAACCACAAAAAGUUUUCACUGUGAGAAAUUUCUAAUUACAAACACGACCUGACCAUUUGGGGAAAUCCUUGUUGAUAAACAGACCAAAAUAUUGUGAUCAUUAGCAUAUCAAGAUGAAUUACAAGCAUGCACACUUUUUAGUGUAGUUGAUUUACAACGGACUACCAAUUUUAUUAGAUAAAUGUAUUUUUAAGGGAUGCUGUGUGUAUAUGUUUUCACCAAAUGUGCCGUCACGUCUGUUUUUGAGUGUUUAAUGUUAAUAAUAACCUGAACGCAUUAGUUUCUUUAAAUUAUGGCUCGAAUGAUCUUUUUUGCUUUGAGCAAGUUUGCCAAAUACAAAUCAAAAAGCACAAUGAUGCAAUGAGCCAGUGGAAGUUUAAAUGUGUGCAGGGUCAAACUGCCACGUGGUAGAUUUCUUCAUUUUGAGAUUUUCUUUUUUUUUUUUUUUUUUUUUUUGCUGGAACCCAGUGGUGAGCAUUUACAGUGCUUUAAGGGGGUCUCUCCCCAAUACAAGGGCUAUUUGCCUUGUCCUCUUCAGAGGACCACGUCUCCAAGGGCUACCCCAAACUCAGCGAUAGCCAACACCAUGUGUACCUUAAAAUGAAAAACACUAAUAAACACUAAAAGCCUCAAAUGAAGGAUGAAUCUGAAAACAAUGACGUUCUUAUUACUUCUUGUUUUCACCAGGAACUUUUUUUGUCUCUUCGAUAGCAGCCUAACAGUUUUGUAAAGUAACAACAUAAAGAUUUUAUAGUCAGAUUCAUCACUGUCUUUAUGUACUGUUUUAUUCACUUGUAUUCAGUAUAAAAUGUGGUGUUGGUGUCAAUACAGAGGCAGAAAUCAGCUGGUGAACAUCCUGGUCAAUGUAGCAUCCGAAUACAAUACAAUAUUGGCUUCUUUAAGUGAAUAUGAACUAAUUGUGUAGUUAGCGAGCUGGUUCUUGCUGCCUCUACAGUCACGUCAAUAUUCAAAGUCAUUGUGGAGCAUUUAAAAAGUUUCUUCUUUUCUUUCUUUCUUUUUGUCCACAUUCAAUGGCAUGGUAAAACAUUUGGUGAAUUUUUUUUUGUUUUUUUUUUAAUACCCACCUAUUGUAAAUUUUUACAGAUAUUUCUGCCAUGUUUCUCUGCUUUAUGAUGUCAGUAAUAAAUGUGUAAUAUAUAAAUCUAUACAAAUAUAAGAAAUACUACAGAAUGCUAA